UUUCAACACUACUAUAUAACAAAUAAUUUGAGGUAAAUGAAUGUUCUAGAUACCUUUGAAGAAGAUGAGACAUAUAAAUGUUUUCUGAGCACUGACUACGAUGCUGAGAAGUAUGCUAAUUCGAUCAUUGCCUCCUCCACCGUCAGCCAGACUCUUCAAGCACUUCAGGGAGGAGUUGAAAAAUUGAACUGUGCUCUCGAAGAACAUGUCUCUGAACAUUAUGAAGAUCUCAUCAAUCAGGCUACUGGCAUGGAUAUCCUUGAAGAGUCCCUAGGAAUCGUCAAGUCUAGAAUUGACCAGUUACAGCGCUCCAUGACGACAAUCAAAAAGCGUCUCUCCGAGCCCUACAACCAAAUGACAAUGAGAACACAGCAACUGGGUCGACUACAGAAAACAUGCGAUGUACUGAGACGUGUGACACGUAUACAGUAUCUCACGAAAAGGCUGAAGCAGCAACUUGAUGGUGGAAUCAAGGAGAUAACAAAGACAUCACAAACUUUUAAUGAGCUGCAGUAUUUGUAUGGUGAUGGUGACUUGGAGGGGAUAGAGGUCAUUGACAAAGACCUGGAAUGGGUGAGAAAAGCUAGAGCUAAUAUGGAGGUUCAAGCUGAGCAGUUGUUGAUUCAGGGACUUUCCUCCUUCAACCAAAAUCAGACAAGCACAGCACUGCAAGUUUUCAACAGCAUUGGAACUCUACAAUUAGUCGUCUCAAAGACUCUGCAAACUAAGUGCAGCUCUGUCCAACAAGACCUCGGCUUCAGCUCUCUCCGGCAGUUUCGAACAAUCUUACAAUGGCUCUGCUCCGGAUCUGAAUACCAAAUAAUCUCAGGAGGUACCAGCAUGACAAACACAGCAGCAUGGAGAGCUAACCUAUGGACCUCACUCGACAAGUGGAGCAACAACAUAACCACCCAGUUUAACCAGAUCCACGUGCUCCACAGGACACUAGUGAGACGUCGUGACCCGUCCACCCAGAGAACACUGUUGGAGGAGUGCGGGGUGACACCCAUUCAAACUUAUGUGUCAGCUGUAAGUGCAGCGCUUCAGCAGGAGCUGAGAAAUAUCAAUAGUUCAGCUAAACAGGCUCUCAAUUUAGAGUAUCCAAAGGCACUGAGACUGGUUGUGUCGUUGUGGAAUCAUUUUAGCAGCAAAUUGGAUGUGGAGGGGCUGGAGGAUGUCACUCUUCCAAAUGUAAACAUACGAGAAGUGCUAACUCCAUUCCAAUGUACGUACCUGGCUCGAUCCCUGAACCGGCUGUUAGACCCGGUAAACAUAGCCUUCCCUGGUAAAACAGUUCCCUCGACCAGCGAGAUGGAGAGUAUUGUCAGGAUCAUGGUCAGCGAACUAACUGCCGCCAGAGGAGACGAGGAACUCAAAAAGCUGAGUACGAACAACAUAGUAAAGUCUAUCCGGGAUAUUCUGAACAAGUGCGAGAAUCUGGUCCAUUUCGGAAGCGGGCUGAAUGAUAUCUCCUCCGCUCCAACUCAGUACCACGUUAAAAACAUCCAGGUGAUGAAUGUGUUAUGUACAUUACACAGUAAACUAGAAGAAGUACCCGCUGAUCUCACUGUUGGUAGAACUGAAGUCUGGAACGUUAUAUCAGAGAAUGUUAACUCUCUUCUCAACCCAUUCAAGGUCCAGAUAGAGCAUGUCUUCAGUACAAUCCACGACACUGAUUAUGGGUUUGAAAAGCAGGACAUAGCGGGCUGUUCAACUUACAUCGGCCUGGUAGAGGAGGCCAUAACCCACCUGGUAUCUAACUACCUCAGUCAGCUGUCUAACAAAUCUGCAAUCCUCCCCAAACUACAAGAGUUCCAAGAUUCCCUCAUAUCCCUCUAUCUCCAUCACUUGUGUGUGGUCAGACCUCUAGGUGACGGGGGUAAGAUGAAGAUAGCGACUGAUAUAGCUGAGAUGGAGAGAGUCCUGGGGGGACUGCUAGACGAGCAUAGUGUCAGCCAGCAGUUUAAAGUUCUCAGAGCGUUCAGAGCUGUUCUGUUCCUGACAGUUGAGGAUAUGUGUACGGUGAGGAAUGUUCCAAGACCUAUGUUGCUGAAUCAUCUUUUCUCAAGAGCUGGGGACGCCCUUUUGUCGCCCUACAAGGUAGCUGGAUGGACUCCCUCCCAAUACGUAGCAUGGUUAUACUCGCACCCUUACGAAGUGGUUGAUAUGAUCCAGGGGACUAUCCAGUGGUACGAGGAUAUGAUCAGGGAGUCUGGUGCUCCUUCCUUUGAUCCCAUCUAUCCAAAUAUAAUACAACUCCUUCAGACUUGACGAGACAUUAAAAGUUUCUUCCCCGAAUUGUGGUGUUUUCCGAAGCUGACGAGAAACCGCACUCUCCUUUCCCGAAAUGUGGCGUUCAAAGUUUAGUUUCAGUUGAACCUAGGUGCAUGGAUACUGUAUUGAAUGUAUAUAAACAGUGUGGGGUAUUCAGACGCAUGAAUCUUGUAAAUUUCACGGCUAAAGCAUGGAACAUUUUGAGAGUUGUUUAUUUAUUUAUUUCGAAUUGUAUUGAAUUGAUAUUUCAGAAUGGAUUUUGUUGUUGUAAAAUUUGAUUUGUGAAUGUUUCACCAAUAUCCUUAAAUCUGUUGAUAUUUUAUUGUAUAUUAAA